GCGAAGCUUAUUUUAGUUCUUAUGUAGUUUAUAGAUUCUGGAUAGCUUUCUUGUCACGCUUUUCUGUCGUAAUGGUGGAAGUCCGGGCAUGAAGACGAUCCAUUCUUUUUUGGGGAUUUUAGAAGCCCGGUGAAGCUCAUGCACCUUAUCGGCGCUAGUUCACUCUUCAGAUCGAUUCAGCAGCUGUACCGGGGACAGACGGUGUUCCGGUAUAGCGACAACCUUUCCGCCCUCUUGAAGACCAAGAGAGGGAAGAAGAAAAAGGCCCAGGAAUAAGAACCUUUAGUGGUUCGUCGACACCGAGGAGUACUGGGCGCUAUGGGUGACUCUCGUCAAAGGCUCGACUCGGUCGGAGAAUUGGAUAAAAUUUUCUCAGACAAAGGAUACUGUCCCUCUAUGGAGGAACUUGUCACGAAAUCUACAACUGCAACGGACGCAUCGAUCAACACGGCUGCUGGUAGCACGAAAGCAAAUCUAGCUUACCUGUUAAAACUUGCAGUGUCAGAGGUGAAAAAGCAUCGCACUAUUACGGAGCAGCUGAAUGUCAUCCGUGAUGAAUUGACGGCUCUCAAGGAAACAACUGCUGACAGUCAAAACUCACACGCUCAAGUCCGGCUUACCCUCGACGUUUUCCGAGCAGAAAUGAUGGACACCGUGCAGAGGCAGAUUCAGAAAGCCAUUCAGAUCCCAUCUACCCAGCCAUUCUCCUUUGCUACAAUCUCAAACAAACGGAAAGAUCAGGAAGUCAUCCAAGCAAUGAAAGGAGUACGGAUUGCGCAACAAGCUCAAGAAAUUCUGGCAAAAGAAGACUCAGAACGGAAAAAGAGACAACUCAACCUGUGCAUACGCGGCAUGGAUGUUCCAUUUGGCGACAGUGUUGAUGCUGUCAUGAAGAUGCUGGAAGACAUUAACAUAAAUACUAACGUCGAAUCUGUCAAAAUGGUCGAACCACGUGAAAGGAACUCCCGGCCUCCUCGCCUCAUCAUUGCCCUAAAAGACCAGAAAAAUCGCCUCUCAGUUCUCAGAUCUGUCCGCAAACUGAAAUCAGCUGGCGAUACCUACAGGGAUGUCUUCAUAGGACCUGGCUACACUCCAAUACAGGACAAAGAACAGUACGAGCUGCGUGAAGAGAGAAGACGGAGGAAUGCCAUGGAGACUGACGAAAACAAAAUGUGGAUCGUGCAUCGUGGGGCCCUGAAGCAGCGCUGCAACCUCACGAUGAGACAAGAGUCAUCCUGAUUAUGGGAUCACGAAGACCGUGGAAUCUCGCAGAACCAAUGCACGCCUCAGCUACGAUGCUUGACCCUAAACUGCAGAAGUCUCAUUAACCUCGACCGCAGAACAUCCCUCGCUAGCCUUGUGGCCGUACGCUCCCCAGACGUUUUUAUUUCCGACUGAAACAUGGCUGACCGAUAACUUUGUGGACUCUGAGCUUUUUCUCAACGGGUACACGCUUUACAGGUCGGAUCGCUCUGAGAAAUCCUCCGGAGUUUCCUCCCAUGGCGGUGUUCUUGUUGCUGUCAGCAACUCAUGUGGAACCUCAACUGCUGCCAACCUCGAUCUGGACCUUCCGGGGGCGGCUAUCGACUGCCUCCUGCACAUCGGCAGCCACCGCAUCUUGCUCGGCUGCAUUUACAAUCCGCCAGUGGGCAGUCUACCGCCUCCCCAUCGAGAAUCUUCAUUCCACCAUCGUCUCCAUGGUCGCUGAACCUGCAUCUGCAAGGCUCAUUGCAGGUGAUUUCAACCUACCGGGUAUCUAUUCGGCUUCCCAGUUCUCCGAGGAUGACUAUGAGACACACUUCCUGAACACCCUCGUGGACGGCGACCUUGCUCAGUGGGCUGAUAGCGACACUCGGGGGUCUCGUAUCCUCGAUUUAGUUUGUACCGGUGGCCAGAUCGAUCACCUCCACACAGAGACGGUGACCACACGCUGUCCAACCACCUCCCGAUUCUUUCUGCGUUCGAAUUGACAGUUGGCAGUGCUAUCCGUAUCGACUGUAUCCCGCACGCGAACUUGAGCUUCUGCAGAGCCGACUACGACUCCCUUCGAGAGUUGAUUGCCAGGCAACCCUACACUGGCAAUUGCUGGUCAAAUCCAAAUGUUCUGCUUAACUAAUGGUAUCACUGGAUUUGCCAGAAGGUUCACAGAACAGUACCCCGUCGCACAUUGCGACUACCUCCUUGGAUCUCACCUCAGACUUCUAACCUGCUGAACAGACUAGAAAUUAAGCGGAGAUACAAAGGUGAACUCCACAGUUCCACCGUGCGACUGCAAAUCGAGGUGGACCUCGCAGUGGAAGAAGACCGCAAGGACUACCAGGAGAGACUUGCAGACUCGCGGUCACAACCACGCUGGUACCACUUCUCUCGAAAAACCAAGCAGCGCGAAUAUCUCUCCAUUCUUUCUCUCGGUGAUCGAAGGCUACCAACAAUCCUGACAAGGUUCUCUCUUCGCCGAAUACUUCGCCGCAACGUGUUCAUCAAGUCAUCCGGAUGCUACUCGUGCGACCUCGAGAGGACCAAGAGGGGUCAGACUAGUAUCAGAGACUUUGACACCAGCUGCGAAAGGAUAAGCCAUAUUCUUAAAGACCUAGACAUCUCCAAAAGCGGCGGCAUUGACGUGAUUCCUGCUUGCUUACUAAAGAAUAUCCCGGAACAGCUUUCGAAGUCCCUGAGCCAAGUCUUGUAUUAGAACAAGCAAACUGGUAUUUUUCCGGAUGUGUGGAAAACUGGUAUGGUUUGUGCUAUUUACAAAAAGGGGCGAUCGUGGAGUUCAUUACUCAGCAUUCCGUCGAAGGUACUGGAACGCUGUGUGUUCAUAGACCUCUACCUCUUUUUGAAGCCUUGGUUGAACAACGCGCAGUACAACUUCCGCAGAGGGCGUUCCAGCGUGAUACAGAUGUUGGUUUACCUGAAUCAGGCUUACAAUUCUACGGCAAGAGAUGAUGAAUUCGAAGUUGUGUAUGCAAUCGACAAGGUCGACCACGGGAUCCUCCUCGAGAAACUUUGGAACGUCGGCGUCAGAGGCAAACUUGGGCGACUUAUUCGAUCGUAUAUGUCUAACAGAGUGAUGACUGUGAGGGUUAGUGACUCUGUUUCGUGUUGUAUGUGUGACUAGUGGCGUGCCUCAGGGAUCCCUCCUCGGUCCCCUCCUCUUCUUGGUCCAGAUCAACGACCUUCUGGACUCCUCACAUAACCCUGUGUUGCUGUGUGCUGACGAUAGCAAAAUUCUCUCACAUGACCCUACAAGGUUACAGGAUGAUGUUUCAGCCUUCGACGACUGGUGCAACUCCAACCACAUGCACGUGAAUGCCAGUAAAUGCGCAGUGAUUUCUUUCGGCGACUCAAACAGCAGUACGCGUCCCAGUAUCGCUCUGGAUUACAGUAUGCUUAAGACCGUGAAUCAACAAUCGGACCUCGACUUGCUCGUAAGUUCCUCCCUGAAAUGGGAUUCCCACAUCGUGCACAAAAUGUCUAAAGCGAACAAGGUGUUCCAUAUGAUUCGCAGGAACAGCAAUGACCUGAACGCCUCCGCUAAGAUUAAAAUCUACAAGACCAUGGUCCUUCCUGUGAUGACCAUCGCGUUGCAGUGUUGGUUCGCGAACACGAUUUCUCUGAGGAAGCUGGAAGGCUUCCAAAAGAAGAUUUUCCGCUAGGCAAUAGGCGACAAGGCGCACGAUAAAUCCCUGCGCGAGGCGAACCUGCUACCAUUAUCAUUAUAUCUACAACUGGUUGACCUUCUUUUCCUCUCUAACAUCCUCGAAGGCCGUCACGAUAUUGAUAUGACACGUUUCCUUCAGAUUAGCGUAAACAAAAGGCAUACACAUGCUACAGACAGUCCGCGCUUUCAGCUCGACAUACCUGAAGCCUUGCACAUGAACAUGAAGCCUUGCUGGAGGACAAGGAAGUCGAGAGAAGGGUGGCAAUUUACGAUGGGCUAGUAGAGAAAGGGGUAAACUUAACGCCUAUGGAGUUUAUGAUUUUUAUGGACCGGAGCUAUGUUUUUAAGUAUCCGGUACUGAAUGCCGAGGAAUUAUUCGAGCUGGGCUCAAUUCAGAGUAAGUUCCUUGGCAAGAAACUAUGGAGCCCAUGGAGUGGAGACAAUGUGGUUUCAAAAGAAACAAUGGACUUUUUGUCCUUAUUCUUUGGAGAGGAUUUUCAAGAAGAAUUCUUCAGAAAACCAACAACAGAAGAAGAUUUUAGGAAAAAGAUAGAGCUGCACAUCAUGUUAGAAGAAAUCUAUCAAGCUUGGUGGCGGCCUUAUUCAGCGCUGCAGUUUGCAGUGAGGAGCCUGAGUAGGGCCGCUGAAAAUUCUCUGGAAAAGAUGGCGGCUGUUAAACUAAUCAAAUCCUACACGGAUAAAAAGUCUAACCUGUAUAAAAUUUAUUUUUAAAUCUAUUUGUAAAUAUGUUUA